CCGCUGUGCUGGGAAAUGCGGCCAGUGUGAGGCGGCCUGUACCGGGGAAACACCGAGCGGGUCCGGGGACCGAAGGCGGGUACAUGCCGGGGGGAACCGGGGACCGAGACACGGAGGAGGCAGGGCCGGAGGGGCGGUAGCCAGAGGGCAGGAUGCCGCCCGGAGUUUACUGCCCAGUGGACUUCUGGGCCAAGGAGGAGAAUAAAAAAAUCUUGGUGGACUUCCUGCUCCCCACUGGAAUUUACCUCCGCUUCCCUGUGCCGUGCAAUGCCAGUCUUGGAAACAUUAAGAAGUUACUAUGGGAGCAGGCGCAGCAGGAGCCGAUGUUCCACACCCUGGGGUCCCCGUCCUCCUACGUCUUUACUUGCAUCAACCAGACGGCGGAGCAGCAAGAGCUGGAAGACGAGCAGAGGCGACUUUGCGACAUUCAGCCUUUCUUACCGGUCCUGAGGCUCGUGGCCAAGGAGGGUGACCGGGCCGAGAAGCUUCUGAACUCCCAGAUCAGCCUACUCAUUAACAAAGGUCUCCAUGAUUUCGACUCCUUAAAUGACGCUGAGGUUAAUGAUUUUCGCACUAAAAUGCGCCUGUUCUGUGAGCAGAUUGCAUCGCAGCGCCAGCACAUGAACUGGGAGAUAUGGAUGGAAUCCAAUUUCCCUCUGCAGCUGGAGCCGUCCACCACCCUGUUCAGCAAGCCUUUCUCCAGCAAGACCAUCAUGAUCAACGUUAAAUUUGAGAAUAGUGAGGAAAGUUUCACCCUACAAGUCUCCCCCCGAGACCUCCCCGUCUCCGUCGUCCGGAUGGCAUUACGGAAAAAGUCCAAAGUAUCUGGUCAGCACUGUCCGGUGGGCCCUGAAGAUUACACCCUUCAGAUAAACGGCAUGUUGGACUACAUCUACGGCAACUAUCCUCUCUGCCAGUUCAAAUACAUCAACGAGUGUUUGAAGAAUAACUGGACUGCUCACCUUACCCUUGUCACCAUCACUUCCACGCUACCGGACAAGCAGGGAGAUGCCACAAUCCUUUGCCCCAGAAGCCGGCACAAACCCCCUCCGCUACCCACUAAAAAGCCGCUUCAGUGUUCCCUCUGGCCCCUGGAUAAGCCAUUUUGUUUUAAACUCUCGUACGGAAGAAAUGUUAACUCGGAUGAAGGAUUCAAGCUGCUGGUGUACUGUGGCCUAUAUCACGGCAGUGAGCUCCUGUGUAAGACCGUAGUCAGCAAUGAGGUGGACGCCUCUUCUGAGCCUCAGUGGGAGCAGAACCUGGAUUUCGAAAUCAAUGUGUGCGACCUUCCUCGUAUGACGCGUCUCAGCCUGGCUCUUUAUGCCAUCGACAAGAAGAAACCCAGGUCCGCCAAGAAGAAGUCUAAAAAGGAUUACCCCAUUGCAUGGGUGAACACCAUGCUGUUUGAUUACAAGGACAUGCUGAAGUGUGGCGAGUACUCGCUCUGUAUGUGGUCAUCUUUUCCAGAUGAGAAGGCAGAAUUGCUGAAUCCAAUGGGAACCAUACAGUGUAAUCCCAAUACUGAGAGCGCAGCCACGUUGGUGAUCAGUUUCUCCAGUAUGUCUGACUAUCCUGUCUACUACCCCUCCAUUGAGAAGCUUUUAGAACUGGGCCGUCUUGGUGAAAUUUCAAACGCCACUCAGGAUGAGCGUCAGCAGCUCCAGGAGAUCGUGGAACGGAAAGGUCAAGCUGAGCUCUACGAACACGAGAAAGAGCUGGUCUGGAAGCUGCGCCAUGAGAUUAGAGAUCGCCACCCGGAGGCCCUGCCCAAACUGCUGCUCAUCACCAAGUGGAACAAGCACGAGGACGUGGCACAGAUGGUGUUUUUACUGCAGAAUUGGCCCGAGUUGCCGGUCCUCACUGCCUUGGAGUUAUUGGACUUCAACUAUCCCGAUCGAUAUGUGGGAAUGUUCACUAUGAACUGCCUGAGGAAGCUUACGAAUGAAGAACUGUGCCAAUAUCUUCUGCAGCUGGUUCAGGUUCUCAAGUAUGAAUCUUAUCUGGACUGUGAGCUGACAAUCUUCCUGCUGGAGAGAGCUCUGAUCCACCGCAAGAUCGGCCACUUCCUGUUCUGGCACCUCCGAUCAGAGAUGCACGUCCCCGCGGUGGCCCUGAGGUUCGGUCUCAUCCUUGAAGCAUAUUGCCGGGGAAGUCUCUACCAUAUGAGGGUUCUAAUGAAGCAGGGGGACGCUCUGUCCAAGCUGAAGGGUCUCAAUGAUUUUGUGAGGUCCAGUGUCCAAAAGACAAGCAAGGCCCAGGCCAAAGAGGCAAUGCACAUGUGUUUGAGACAGGAGACCUACCUGGAGCCCCUCUCCCACCUCUAUUCUCCUCUAGACCCCAACCUCAUUCUGACAGAUGUUUGUGUGGAUCUUUGCACUUUUAUGGAAUCCAAGAUGAAGCCACUGUGGAUUGUAUACAAUAAUGAAAUGUCGGGGGGAAAUCGUGUUGGCAUCAUCUUCAAGAAUGGAGACGAUCUUCGUCAGGAUAUGCUGACGCUACAGAUGAUCCGGCUUAUGGAUGUUCUGUGGAAGAAGGAAGGGCUGGACCUCAGGGUCACACCUUACGGCUGCCUGUCGACUGGAGACAAGACCGGCCUCAUUGAAGUGGUCAUGCGUUCUGAUACGAUCGCAAACAUCCAGCGUAACAAGAGUAACAUGGCAGCUACUGCGGCCUUCAACAAGGAUGCACUUCUGAACUGGUUAAAGAGCAAGAAUCCAGGGGAUGCUCUGGAACAAGCCAUAGAGGAGUUCACACUGUCAUGUGCUGGCUACUGUGUAGCAACCUACGUCCUGGGCAUCGGGGACCGACACAGCGACAAUAUCAUGAUACGGGAAAGUGGACAGCUCUUUCACAUAGAUUUUGGCCACUUUCUGGGUAAUUUUAAGAGCAAGUUCGGCUUUAACAGGGAGCGGGUUCCCUUCAUCCUUACGUACGAUUUUGUGCACGUCAUUCAGCAAGGGAAGACCAGCAACAGCGAGAAGUUUGAGAGGUUCCGAGUAUACUGUGAAAAGGCCUACAUGAUCCUGCGAUGCCACGGCACUCUCUUCCUUAAUUUGUUUGCACUGAUGAAAGCAGCCGGUCUGCCUGAGCUCACCUGUUCCAAGGACAUCCAGUAUCUCAAGGACUCUCUAGCUUUGGGGAAAAGUGACGAUGAAGCCCUGAAACAUUUCCGGGUGAAGUUUAACGAGGCGCUGCGGGAAAGCUGGAAGACCAAAGUGAACUGGUUUGCACACACUGUGUCCAAAGAUAACAGACAGUAGGAGGGGGCGUGGCUAUAGGCUGGAUUUAAUACAAGGAUCUCUGGGGGGAGGCCCCCCCCAUUCGCCACUUGAAAAGCACUCAAAGGGGAUCGCUCGAUAAAAACAUUCUGCAAUAGACGUUCCUCUUGAAAUCUUCGGUCACGUUGGAUGGGGGACCGAUGGAGUCUACACAAGUCCAACUCGGGGAAUUAUCCGUACUGACGCCAAGCAUGGGCUCUCUAUUGUUUAUAAAGGAACAUAAAUCAUUUCAAUGCUGUGCAGUCGGCCCCCGGGGGCCCCCCGCUGUGUCAACCACAAAGCCACAAGCUGUCUUGGCAUACGAGCAUCUCAACUACGGGGAGCGACUCUGCGAUUUUUUUCCAUCUGCCACAUCGCAUGUUGGCUGCUCUAGGUCUCUCUCUGUCGUUUUUAGAGGUCUUUGCUGUCAUAAUGGACGCUGACCCUUGCUGUGGUGUAUGCUGGGAGUUGUAGUCCGUCAGCUAAUUCGUCAGCAUUGGGUGUGUGUGUCAAAACUAUCUUUCGUUCUAUCGGGCCAAGGACUCCCCAGCACUACUCCAGUGUCUGAUGUGGAGUUGGCACACAUUGCACAGCCUGUAUCUGUCUACAUUUCAGCACUGGGACUGUUUUAUUAUUAUUCCACCCUGAACUGGUAUUGCAGGGUUGGGUGGACUCUGUUGCAUUGCCUCACCCUAAUGGCUUCUUAUCUUGUGAGAUUCCAGAGGCGAGAUCCCCCCCCCCCCCAGCGUUGGUUUGUGUCUCCCACCAUCUUGUCCCUCCUGGCCCUGUCCUGGCAUUUGAGUGGUAGGGCAGGGGAUCUCGCCAGUAAAUACCCCAAGAACAUCUGAAAAGGCGGGCACGUGAUUCAGCGUGCCCACGGAGGCCGACGUAAAUACAAUUUAUCAGUUACUGAGCGGAGUAAGCCUUCAAGUCCGAGCUUGUUGCACUGUCGGUCAGUCUGGAGGACUCUGGGAAUUCGGAUCUUGCACUCAUUCAAUGUCCGAGGACCUGUCGUCGUUUUUUUCUGCUUUUUAAAUUGUCCGGACGAGAAAGCUUUUUAAGGAAGCAUUGUUGCAAUAAACGAUUCCCUGUGUAAUUAUGUUAAUAAAUGUUGUACACUG